UGCCAUCCUCACACGAGAAACAGACAUCUGUUAAACAUUUUGCACUCUGGGAGAUAUGUUGGUCUGUGAAAUUUUGAAAUAUAACCUGUGCAGAGUGCAGAUACACAGCCUUUUAUUUGUAAUUAGUCAGAAUAAAUUGAUAUUUUUUUCCACAGAUCUGACCUUCAAAAGGCUGGUUAUUGGUGUUAUAUCAGCAAGGGAUCAUUUAUCUCAUCGUAAUGCUAUACGCCAAACUUGGGGUUCCUUAGUACAAGACUUACCACAUGUAGAACUAGUUUUUGUCCUCGGGGACAGAGAUUGUCCAUUACACCCAGCAGAUCGUCUCUCUUCUCGCACCUGUCGUGAAUGGUAUAUAGGUGAAGAUAUUGAGAAUUCACAUGUACGAACAUUCUUCAAAAGCAAGAAUGAGUUAGCUAAAGUUACUUUGGACUCUGAAUGCAGCACUGGCUUGGGUAUAAAAAUUCUACAUCCUGUAAUUUUGGAGGAAGUAAGUGUACGAGCAACAGUUUUGAAGAAUGCUGCAGAUAUCUUUAUCAUACUUCAAGAUGCUAAAGAAAUGAUUGAGAGUGUGAAAGUAUCAAGUGAAUCCUGCUCAGAAGAAAAUGGAUAUUGCAGCAUCAAGUUGCCUGCUCCAUUAUAUCUACCAAAGGGAUUUGAAGGAGAGUUAAGAGUGCACAAGAAGGGGAUAGAUGAUAUAAGCUUGUGUGGGGAAGAUUUAUACUCUCUUCAAUCUAAGACAAAGUGGGUAUGUUAUUUUUACUUUCUCUUUUUUUUUUUAUUUCUGGGUAGAUAAAAUUAAAUUUUAGGGGUGUAUUACUCUUUAUAUAGUAUGUACAAUGUUAUAAAAUUACUGAACGUAUUACAAUAUAGUACAUUUGUUCUUGCCUAUCUCAUUUUUUUAAAUAUUGGUACUACAUAGCUGUUUUCCAAUGGUAUAGUAUUUCCUUUGUGGUGACAUCUGAUGUGUUUUGGGGCUUCCAAAACUUGGCCCCCUCAUGAAUGGUGCAGUUGUUUCUUUUUCUAGUUAACUAUAUGUGUGUGUGUGUAAAGGUAGAAAGUUGAAAGUGAACAUUGAAAAGAGUAAGGUGAUGAGGGUAUCAAAUGAUUUAGAUAAAGAAAAAUUGGAUAUCAAAUUGGGAAGGAGGAGUAUGGAAGAAUUGAAUGUUUUCAGAUACUUGGGAGUUGAUGUGUCGGCGGAUGGAUUUAUGAAGGAUGAGGUUAAUCAUAGAAUUGAUGAGGGGAAAAAAGGUGAGUGGUGCGUUGAGGGAUUUGUGGAGUCAAAAAACGCUAUCUAUGGAGGCAAAGAAGGGAAUGUAUGAAAGUAUAGUAGUACCAACACUUUUAUAUGGGUGUGAAGCUUGGGUUGUGAAUGCAGCAGCGAGGAGACAGUUGGAGGCAGUGGAGAUGUCCUGUCUAAGGGCAAUGUGUGGUGUAAAUAUUAUGCAGAAAAUUUGGAGUGUGGAAAUUAGGAGAAGGUGUAGAGUUAAUAAAAGUAUUAGUCAGAGGGCUGAAGAGGGGUUGUUGAGGUGGUUUGGUCAUUUAGAGAGAAUGGAUCAAAGUAGAAUGAAAUGGAGAGCAUUUAAAUCGGUAGGAGAAGGAAGACGGGGUAGGGGUCGUCCUCGAAAAAGUUGGAAGGAAGGGGUAAGGGAGGUUUUAUGGGCGAGGGGCUUGGGCUUCCAGCAGGCAUGCAUGAGCGUGUUCGAUAGGAGUGAAUGGAGACGAAUGGUAUUUCAGACCUGACGAUCUGUUGGAGUGUGAGCAGGGUAAUAUUUAGUGAAGGGAUUCAGGGAAACCGGUUAUUUUUAUGUAGCUGGACUUGAGUCCUGG